CCGCGCAGGCGCGCGCUGCUCUGCUGGGCACGGCUUGGCACCGGCGUCUUUCCCUCGCUCUGUCUAGGCUGCGGAGCUUCUCCUGGUGUAGAGGCGCUCGGCUGCACCAUGUUUCUCCACUCAGUCAACCUCUGGAACCUGGCGUUCUAUGUCUUCAUGGUGUUUCUGGCGACCCUGGGGCUGUGGGAUGUCUUCUUCGGCUUCGAGGAAAACAAGUGCAGCAUGAGCUACAUGUUCGAGUACCCGGAGUACCAGAAAAUAGAGCUCCCAAAGAAGCUGACAAAGCGUUAUCCAGCAUAUGAGUUAUAUCUUUACGGAGAAGGAUCAUACGCUGAAGAACACAAAAUUCUCCCUUUGACAGGAAUUCCUGUUCUCUUUCUUCCUGGUAAUGCUGGAAGCUAUAAGCAAGUUCGUUCUAUCGGCUCUAUUGCACUUAGGAAAGCAGAAGACAUCGACUUCAAGUACCACUUCGACUUCUUCAGUGUCAACUUCAAUGAAGAACUGGUGGCAUUGUAUGGUGGAAGCCUUCAGAAGCAGACCAAGUUUGUACACGAGUGCAUUAAAGCGAUUCUCAAACUCUACAAGGGUCAAGAAUUUGCUCCUACAAGUGUGGCAAUAAUUGGUCACUCUAUGGGUGGCCUUGUUGCCAGAGCAUUGCUUACACUGAAAAAUUUUAAGCAAGAUCUGAUCAAUCUUCUUGUUACACAAGCUACUCCUCAUGUGGCCCCUGUGAUGCCAUUAGAUCGUUUCAUUACAGAGUUUUAUAUGACUGUAAACAACUAUUGGAUUUUAAAUGCUCGGCACAUAAAUUUGACUACACUUUCUGUGGCUGGAGGAUUCCGGGAUUACCAAGUUCGUUCAGGACUGACUUUUCUACCAAAAUUGAGCCAUUACACCAGUGCCUUAUCUGUUGUGAGCUCAGCAGUGCCUAAGACCUGGGUCUCAACAGACCACCUCUCCAUCGUGUGGUGUAAACAAUUGCAGUUGACUACAAUUCGAGCGUUCUUUGAUCUUAUUGAUGCCGAUACCAAACAAAUAACUCAAAAGCCUAAGAAGAAAUUGUCCGUUUUGAAUCACCAUUUUAUAAGACACCCAGCUAAACAGUUUGAGGAAAAUCCGUCCAUAAUUUCUGACCUAACAGGGACAUCUAUGUGGGUUCCAGUAAAAGUGUCCAGAUGGUCCUAUGUGGCUUAUAAUGAAUCUGAUAAGAUUUACUUUGCAUUUCCUCUUGCAAAUCAUAGAAAAAUCUACACUCAUGCCUAUUGUCAGAGCACCAUGCUGGAUACAAAUAGUUGGAUUUUUGGCUGCAUAAACAGCACUUCCAUGUGCCGGCAAGGGGUUGAUUUGUCAUGGAAAGCUGAGCUGUUGCCAACAAUUAAGUCUCUGACGCUAAGACUUCAAGACUAUCCAUCCUUGUCGCAUAUUGUUGUCUAUGUGCCAUCCGUCCACGGAAGUAAGUUUGUUGUAGACUGUGAAUUCUUUAAGAAAGAGGCAAGGUCCAUGCAGCUACCUGUGACUCACCUCUUUUCCUUUGGAUUGUCUUCUAGGAAGGUGAUAUUAAAUACAAAUGGCCUAUACUACAACAUAGAGCUGCUGAACUUUGGGCAGAUAUACCAAGCUUUUAAAGUCAACGUGGUCAGCAAGUGCACUGGAAGCAAAGAAGAAAUAACCAGUAUCUAUAAACUUCAUAUUCCCUGGUCCUAUGAAGAUUCACUAACCAUCGCACAGGUUCCAUCUUCCACAGACAUUUCUCUGAAGCUUCAUGUUGCUCAGCCAGAAAAUGACAGCCAUGUGGCACUGUUAAAAAUGUACACGUCGUCAGACUGUCAGUAUGAGGUGACAAUUAAGACUUCCUUCCCACAAAUACUUGGACAGGUAGUUAGGUUUCAUGGUGGAGCCCUUCCUGCCUAUGUUGUAUCUAGCAUCCUUCUUGCUUAUGGAGGACAGUUAUACUCUCUCCUCUCAACAGGUUAUUGCUUAGAAUAUUCUACCAUAUUGGAUAAAGAAGCCAAACCAUACAAAGUUGACCCAUUUGUAAUUAUGAUUAAGUUUUUGUUGGGGUAUAAAUGGUUUAAGGAAUUAUGGGAUGCAGUGUUCUUACCGGAAUUAGAUGCCAUCGUUUUGACUAGCCAGAGUAUGUGUUUCCCCCUUGUAUCCUUGAUCCUCUUUCUGUUUGGGACAUGUACUGCAUACUGGAGUGGCCUGCUCUCUUCUACAUCUGUGCAGCUUCUCUCUUCACUGUGGCUAGCUCUGAAAAGACCUGCUGAACUUCCUAAAGAUAUCAAGGUGAUGUCACCAGACUUACCUGUUUUGACAGUUGUCUUUCUCAUAGUGAGUUGGACAACUUGUGGAGCCCUUGCCAUACUUCUGUCUUAUCUGUACUAUGUGUUUAAGGUUGUUCAUCUGCAAGCCAGCCUAACAACAUUUAAAAAUAAUCAGCCAGUGAAUCCCAAACACUCUAGAAGAAGUGAAAAAAAAUCCAACCACCAUAAAGACUCUGCUGUACAGAGUCUUCGCUUAUGUGCUAAUGAUGCUGAAGACAGUCUGCGCAUGCACAGCACCGUGAUUAACUUGCUGACGUGGGUUGUGCUGCUCAGCAUGCCGUCUCUAAUCUACUGGCUAAAGAACCUUAGGUAUUAUUUUAAACUUAGUCCUGACCCAUGCAAACCCCUGGCAUUUCUCCUUAUUCCAGCUAUAGCAAUUCUCGGAAACACUCACACUGUUUCAGUAAAGUCCAGUAAAUUGCUGAAGACCGUCUCCCAGUUCCCACUUCCUCUGGCUGUUGGCGUGAUUGCUUUCGGCUCCUCCCACUUAUACAGGGUCCCGUGUUUUGUGAUCAUCCCUCUUGUAUUCCAUGCGUUAUGCAACUUUAUGUAAGACUGGACUUAAGGAGGGAGAAGCAGCUCAUGCCUUUUGGACCAGUGACACAGUGAACAUACAGCGCCACCACCAGGAACAGUGAGGUCCUCUGGAGAAGACAAGUCUAUUUUUACAGUAUUGAAAAUAGGAAAUUAGUUUUGUAAUGCUUGAGGGAAGUAGUUGAAGCAUGGUUUCAGUCCGUGGUGUAGCAUCUGUAUACUUGUCAUAUCUGACAGAUUAGUGAAGGGAUUCUGUGGCCUCUGUCUUAAGGACUCCUGUACAUACCAACUAGCUUUCAUCUGCCAUCCCAGGAACCUUCUAAAGACUAUAGAUGCAGUGCUGUGUGCAGUCUAAGUGAAACUUCUGCUAGUUUCAUCAGACUUUGAUUUGAAAAGUGGGUUUUAUAUUUGUUAUAACUUACAUAUUCAAAAUAAGUCUUAAAAGAUUGUUAGAAGUGACAACUUGUUUUCUCAGAAGUAAAAUGGUCAUGGAGUCUGGUCAAUUUUUGGCAGCCAUAGUGGACAAAGUUUGAUUCAUCAUCUUACAUCUGUGAAAAAGAGCCUCAAAUUAAAGGGAGGGUUUUUUGUUAAUCGCUGCAGUUCAGAUUCAAAACAAUGGCAUUUUCAUGAGCUUUCAAAUAUGAAUCUUACAGUGUAUACUUGGUGAAUAUUAGAAGCAUGGAAGAGAUCUAUCAAAAGAUCUAUUAACAAAAGAAUGUUCUUGCAGAUUCUGCAUUGACACAGUCAGCCUCUGCCCCUGACUUAAAUCCUUGACCCAGUGGUUGCCAAAAGUGCCUGUAGCAAUGAUAGGUUGUUAAAGGGAUAAAUCCAGACGCCAGAACAACUCUGGGUUUGCAUCAUUUGUUUGUCUACUGAGGAGGAAGGGUCUCAGCAUAAAUACAACAUUGUACUUAAUGUACAAAGCUAUAUACUAAUAGAGAAACAAUUGACAGCCUUUACUGAAAAUGUGAACACUGCCUGAAUAGAUUGCACACCUAUAUCACUCAUUAAGAGCAGAAUCUUGGUUUGUAGAGGUGUCUCUAAGACUAUAAUUUUGCCACCUCGGGGAGUGGGGGUAACAUUUUAUUUCAUUUCUAAUUAUAGUUCAUUCUUAGCUACAGAAAAAUAGGAAGGUCAGGAGCUUGAAGAAUAUAGUUGCUCUUUGCCUUCAAUUAGAAUAAAUUCAAGCUGAGUCAGACCUGUGUCGUCAAACCCUUCACUUAGAUGUGUGUCCUGUAAAUGCCCAUAAGCCUUUCCCGUGAAGUCCUCCAUGUUACGGAAUUCACAGUUGCACUUGUGAACUUACGUCCUUCUCAGUACCCAGGAAUGGUACUAAGAGAAUCCGCUUUGUUUUAUCGGCUGUUACACACGGUGUCACAGCCUCUCAGCUGCUACUGCCAACCGGAGGGUUCCGCCCACGUCAGCCACGUUAGUUCUUCCCUGGACCUUUGCUUCUUCAGAGCUAAUCAAAGGGUGAGGUUAUUACCACAGAGUUAGUUGGUUUGUAUGAUUCUGUCACUGUCUGACUGGCAUCGUGCUUGUUAAAUAUUCAUAUUUUCACUUAUUAAGACUUUUAAAGGAAAGCCAUCGUACUAGACAUGUUAGACCCUUUAGUCCCUUGUUUUAGAAGAGAGUCAAAAGGAAUAAACUGUACCAUAGUGUUUGUGGAGUA